UUGCUUAAUCCGGCCUAGACCUCGGCGUUCGCAAUCUUCAGUGACAAGGGCUCUACUCAGACAACUCGCAAGAUUGUCGUUUAUAAUAUCGUCGUUGCGGAAAAUAGGCCAUGUAUAACACUACAAGUUCAAGUGGCAAUAGUCACGGUAACCCGUAUAUCAGAAAGAUCGAAACUUUCAGACAACAACAACCACCACCAUCACAACAACAGCAAGCUAUGUCUCUUGGGUCGAAUUGUAUAACAACACCAAAAUCAGCUAGUCCAAUGAAAAAUCAACAACCUUUGCCUUUACAUGAUUUACCAUCACAAUCACCUUGUCCCAAUCCAGUGGCUGAAACUCCAAUACCAAAUACUUCGGUUACUCAAUCGUCUACAAUUCAAGAUUAUCAGAAUAAACAGAUAAAACUUGAAGAUGAAAAAUCAAUUAAUGAGAAGUCUGAAGUAAAAUGGCCAGUCAAACGUAAGAUUAAUAAGGAAGAACGGAAAAAGCGACUGAAUGCUCGAAUGCGUCGCUUAGUAUCACCCAAAAGUCCAUUAAUGGUAUUUUCUGAGUUGUUCAAAGAUGUACCAAUUCACUUACAAGAGCACCCACUUCAUAAUGUUAUGAGUUAUACUGCUACACUCGAGGUUGAUGGUCAAAUGUAUUCUGGAAAUCAUAUUUCCAAGACUCAAGCCAAACAAAAGGCAUGUGAAAACUUCUUGCGCAUUAUGUUAGCAAAAAAAAUAAGUGAACGAUCUGAAAAAAAAGAAGAAUCCCCGAUGGAAGUUGAGAUGGAAAUUGGAGAAAAUAGUUCAGUAUCAAAACAUAAAGGACCACCACAGGAAGAGUUCCCAUGGUCACAUUUUGCUUCAUUAGCUAUGCAUAACUUAAUAAAUCAAUGGGAACUACAGCCUGUUGUUACAAAAGCUAAUUAUGUACAAGAAGAACCAAAUGUUAUCAAAUCACAACCUAAGACUGGAGCCAUGAGAAAGUUUCCUGAAAACCCGAAAAACUGUAAUCCAAUACAGUUAAUAAAUCAAAUGAAGCCUGGUGUAAAAUUCGUUGAAACAAUAAUUACGUCAAAAACUAAUUUUUUUUUUCAAGUAAACUGUGUAAUAGACGAUGUUCCAUUCACUGGACAAGGAUCGACAAAAAAAGCAGCCAAAAAGGAAUGCUGUAUUGCAGCAAUAAAAAGUAUUUGGCAAUUUGAUUUCCAUGCCAUAGAAGAUAAUUAACUCAUUAAGAAUUAAAUUUGAUAUUUAUAAUAAUAUACGUUUGUGUUCUAGUUAUUUUUAUUAGUCAACUUUUUUUAUUUUAUUUUAUUAUCGAUUAGAAUACUUAUGAGGUUAUUAUUAUAUGGACAUAGUAUUAACUAUUAAUUUUAAUAUUUAUAUUUUUUUUCAUUAUAGUAAUAUGGAAUUAAAUAACAUACUUAACGUAUAAUGGAUUAGAAUCACCCUAAUCCUGAAGUUAUUUAUUUAAAUCUAUAUAAAAUAGAUAGAUUAUUUGUAUAUAUAUAAAUGUUUUGUCUAUGAAUAUACUUUGAAAAACAAAUUACAUAAAAUAAUACAAAUUACUCCAAUAUUAGAAUCUAUUUAUUCGAAUUAGAAAUUUACCAUUUUGUUGCUAUCGUACACUCUAGUAUCAAUUCUCUAGUCCUUGACAAUUGAAUGUUAAAAUUGUGUCUUAACAUUUUUUAGAAAUACUUAAGUGAGGAGUGACAGUUCUAGUAAUAGAAUUUUUCGGUAAGAUAAUUGUUUGUGUUGGAAGAGAUUGGUCAGGAUUGCUAACUCUCAGACACUAUUUUAUUCAGUGGCAGACUGGACGACCGGAAUACCAGGAAAUUUCCCGGUGGGCCACUGCUCGUAUAAAAUAUAUAUUUAUUAAUGUUAUUAUUCUGAAAUUAUAAAUUAAAAUAUUACCUAAUAAGUAAUAAGUAUGUAAUAUUAUUAAACAUAAAAACCUAGAUUUCUGAUUAUUUUAAAAUGCGAGACCGGCUUGUGUUCGGCCAGUCCAUGCUCGUUGACAAUUUAUUGUAACAAAUUUAAAAAUAGAAUCUCAAAUAGUAAUUUAUUUUGUUUUGUUUUAUAUCAAUUAAUUAAAAAUUUAAAAGCUAAAUUGUGUUUACAAAAACAUUUAAUAAUUAUAGAUAUAUAUAUAAUUAUGAUUUUCCCGGGCUGUUUUUUUCUCCCAGUCCGUUACUGAUUUUAUCUCUAGUAGAAGUAGGUAAAAGGAAUUUUCUAGUACUCUGCUUAAUAUCUCAAGGUGGGAAGAAAUAAUUUGGCUCAUAAUGAUGAAUUACAAAAAUAUAAUAUUUUUUUUAUUAAUUAGAAUUUGGCUAUUUAGUAUUGUUCAGUUUAUUAAUAUUUCACCUCUAAGUAGCAUAUGUAAUGUGUUAUAGUAUAUUUAAUAAUUAUAAAUGUUUGUAUUUUCCAAAUUAUAUUUAUUAUGUAUAUUUCUUAA